GAAUUUGCUAAAUGGAAUCGCUCUUGUUCGGUUUCGUCGUAUUUGUCGUUUCAAAGCGGCGUAGAAAUAGAUUCGGUUGCCAACAUUCAUGACGUUGUAUAUCUUUUUGUACUACUACAUGGCCUUUCGGUUAAGUCGGUUGCAGUGAUGAACUCAGCAAUUUCGGUAAUCGUAAGGUGAGCGUACGCAUCAUUCGGUAGAAUCGGCUAUAUUCGGGUAAGUGGUGGUAGAUGUCUGCUGAUCAUCCAGGUUGAGACUUGAAACGCAAAAAGCUUCAGGAAGUCGUCGACACGGAGGUUGAUCGUGCCCUCGCGAAGUUUUAAUGUUGAAAGAUGUUUUGAAGCUUGAUGAGCAUGUUCUCGCAAACCCGAACCAUUUUUUUUAUGUCUUUUUCACAUUUUCUCUAGGUACUCACUUCUCUGGUAGGUAUCGAUCUAGCAAGAAAGACCAAGACGUGCAUAAGUACUAAGAGUAAAGACAGUAAAGCUUUACCUUUACGACGUUUUAUCGCCUCACUUGUUCGUUCUCCUGUGUUUUUUGCAAGUUCCCUCUUCGAUGCUUGAGGUUGUUCCAGCACCGGAGUUCUUUUCCUGUGAACAUGGCGUAUCGGCGAGAAAAUGAUAACAUGGUGCUAAGGAGAAGAUGGCCACGAUGAGAUGUUAAAGAGCAUGCGGGGCAGGUACUAGUGAGAAAGAAAGUUCUUGGAUCCGUCCAAAAUAAAACCUGAGUUCCAGCAGGAUGCCGCGUAAUGCACGUCACGAGUUCUCCCAGCUGGAGCGCAUUGCGCUACGCGGGAACGUUCAUGAACAGGACGAGGAGUUUUUGGGCCGGUUACGGGAGAUUGCGCCAACGAAGAAGCAAUUUCUCGAGAAGUCCAUGCAACCGAAUUACAAGCUCUCGGCCAUAGGUACAACAAGGGACGCGUUUCAGUAUCCGGAAGGUGCUUUUCCGGAAACGACACGGCGAGUGCGAAGGAAAAGUCAUCUGGAGCAACAAAUGCGCAAUCAGCUGCGGCUGUCGAUGAAACAGAGGUCUCCAAGGCAAGGGAAAAGCCCACGACCGGGAGAAGAUCCGCAGGUAGUUCGUACCCUAGGCUCGUUCGCUUCUUUUCUUGAGGGACAGAAGCUGUUCUUUGGUCAUUUGCUUUUGUGGCUUUUUGGCUGUGUGGAUUUCGCUGUUGAUAAAAAUACAAGUAGGUAGUAAGCGAUGCCGGUUCCUCGAAGGUUCAUCGUCCUAGCACCUGCCUAAUUAAUGUCUUGUGUUUUGUUUCUUAUUUUACAACAGUUUGAUUUGACGAACGACCAGGCUUCGGGUCAAAAAUCGGCGCGAUGGCGGAAGUUGUCCGAGCAUUUCCUGAAGAGUUCCGCCGCGUCAUUGCAAGACGACGCGUCGCAACGUCGAAGGGACAGCGGCGACGACGCUGGUUCAGAUGACGUCGAACUCGACGAGGAAGAGAAAGAAAAGCGGCGAAAACGGCGGCAGAAGGGGUUUAUGCUUCAAGCGCAGAGUCACACCCAAGAACAAGAAGUGAAGGAGGAGGAAAAGCCGCGAACGCUCUUUGAGGUAUGGACAAGGCUGCGAGCUUUGCAGGCGAUUGGAAUCAAAUUCAGCAGGCUAGAAACGAGUGGGCAAUUUUUGAUCCGCGCGUUGACGAUGCUUUUGUCGCCGCUGACCCGCAAACAGCGCACGAAAGUAGAAGCAGCUUUGCACACGUAUCUAGUGGACGCGAUGCAAGGCACCGAAUCGGUGCAUAAUUCUCAGAGAUACCUUUUUGAAGGAGAAACACCGCUGAGCCGCGCUUUGGUGAAGCACACACUUCUGUUCUUUGAUAAGCGCGUUGGUAUCGGAAUCAAUACGGAAGCGGGCUACACUGGGAGACUUUCCACAUCGCUCGCUGACGAGGAAGCAGCGGCAGUGGAGGCAGCGGCUGCCGCUGCAGCAGCGUCGACGGAAAAUGACCUGGCGUUUGUCGGCGGACCUCGAAAACAACGUUUUCCAAGGGGGCAAGAGGGCAGGCAGGAGUUCGGCGGGCAUGGUAGUACUAUGGGAGUUCGGCCGGCAGUGGCCGGCGCAGUGAGCUUAUCACGGCGUGGUAGUAGUGCCACUGCCUCCGCGUCCGCGUUUGGCGGGUCUCAGUAUCUGGGUUCAUCUGCUGCUUCUUCGAGCGGGGCAGACCUCCAGAAUUUGUGGAACAAAACCGAGGCAUCUCUCCAGGGACAUAUGUUACCUGAAGGCGAAAAGUUCGAGUAUCGGCCGCUUCAAGUUGCUUACACAGCGCUCUUGAACUCGAUUUCGAACCCACCGCCAAUCGAUAUUACGGCGAAGAUGCAGGGGCGGAGCGCUGCGCCUCCCGAAAUCCAGGAGCUUCUUCUUGGAUUCUUUGUGGAAGUUUCGGCGCGGGAGGAGCAGCCUAGCAGCGACGAAGAGGAGCACGAAGAUCGUAGUGCGACCGCGCUCGCCGUCGCAGGUUCUCCAGGAGGUACUACAAGCCCGACAACCCAUCCUGUUACAGAACCUCUCGACGCCCAUGCCCCUUCGGAGCACAGCGGCUUUGGAUUGUCGCGCAUCGAAGAGACAUUAGCGUCCAAGAAGAAGUUCCGGAUCCCAAAAAAGCUUACCCAGGCACACAUCACCUCAGUGCCGUGGCGAGUCGAGCCCAGAGUCGGCAUCAUCCGGGUGAAUCAGUUGGAUACGAAGACGAAAAAGCACAUUCUGGACAAGGCGGGGGAGGAAGCUUACAAAGCGCUAGACGUGUUUCUUCCGACCGGGGUAGUGGAAGGCGUCGUCGAUAAGAAAACCUUUGCACAUAAGCGGACCGAGGAGGCCAGGGAAGCGUUGCGCGCAGCCGGGGGAGCGGCAAAGGCAGAACUAGCCGAUGAAGAGGUAUUUCGAGGUGUUAACGAUGGAAUGCGUAGAAUUUUGAUGGGCGAAUAGAUUGCUUCACUACAGUUGUUAGCAGAUGCAAUAUCAUAGAUUUUUGUAAUUAAGUUGUUUUCCGGACUUUCUUUGCGACUGUGAUUUUUCUUUUCAGGCCUUCGCGUCGCCGCGUGACGGAGCUGAUCGCAAGUAUCACAAUGCGGCAGAGCGCUGCCUCAGCAAGGUGCGCAGCACGAUGCAAGGCACUAUUACUGACAAGAAGAUUGUGCGGGUAAUGAAUUUGAAGCGGUUCGAGAUGCAGGAUUUUCGCUUGUUGCUCGAGCCUGCGAAGAAGACACUCGCGCGGCUUCUGAUUCUACAAAAUCACGGGGUGCUGUCCGGCGCCUUCUGGAAUGUGCGACUUCCAAAGCAGGUUUUCAUCGCUUUGAUGGAAAAAGGCAGAAUAUGUGAUGCCAGCACAGGAAAGCAGGCGUUUGAGUUAAUCCGGAGUCACGUGGCCACAAAGCGCCGCUGCAUUUCUUCGGACUUUUUGUCGAAGACGGCGGCCACGGCGCGGAUGCCCUGUGCUGUCCUCGAAUACGAGAAAGAGAAACGGCGGUUAGCAGAGCUCCAAGCACUGAACACGACGAGCGCAUUCGCACCGGCCCGUGGAAGUGGUCGCAACGAGGGAAGUAAAGGAAGCAGUGGGAGCAAAGGCGGCGCGGCCAGCAAAGAAGCCGCAAUCCUCGGUCAAAGUUACGCGGUCGGUGCGGAUCGGCUCGAGAGCUUUUUGCGCAACCCCGAUCCACUGUAUCAAACCGUGUCAUUCGUGCGCAAGAAGCCCCCUGCCGCGGGAGAAGAAGACGAGGAGGAGGAGGAAGACAAGGACAAGACGCCCGCAGACGAGGCAGCAGGCGGCGACCACACGGAGGCGGUAGCGGAAACCCCGACGACGAUAGAUGGUCGUGGGUCGACGUUGACACAGGGGGACCCGUCAAGCCCGACAAAGGGCGGCGCCUUAGGAAGAGCUACAGACGGCGCGCACAAUAAGCAACAGAUGAUGACUUACACCAUUGCUGGAAAUGCAAAAGUGGACCUAGCAUGGGCGCUCGGACUUUUGAAAGCCCCUGCAGGCCAGCCUAUCUCAUCUGCGGCCGAGUUGGCAAAUGCGGAUGAAGAACGGCAGGCGCGGCCCAAGUUCAAGGAGAACGAACCUGUUACGGAUGUCAGUCUCGAGGAUGUCCUAGUGUGUCUCGCAGACCAAGACAGCAUUUUGGCUGGCGUGGGAUCCACUACCGCAGCCAACAAAGAGGUUGGCGCACCGCCAGGAGGCACUGCCGUCGCAACCGAUGGCAACGCUGGAAGUGGGGAUCCUGGCGCGGGGAAUAACAGUCCGAGUCUGGCUGCAGGUGCAACAAGUCCAGGCGCAGGGGGAAGCAAGGCCUCCGUGAGCGUGGAUGUCGAUCCACGCAACGCAAGCAAGGCGAGCAACUUUAGUGCAGCCUCGACGACGGGCGGUGCGUAUCAGGGUGGUGGCGCACAGGCUGAGGGAGAAGGCGGCAGCAAGGGCGGUCUGGAGGCUCUCCGGCAACUGCGGCGGCGCAUUCUUGAGAAAUUCGAGUGCACAGUAGACGCCUUCCAAAACAUGGCAUUUUUGGUGGUUGGCAAAGACGACGGCGGCGACGUUGCUGACGCAGACGGCGCAGGCGCAUCAUCUGGGAAAGUUGCCAAGAAAACCUGGAUUCACUUACCGCUUGUCGAUGUGCACCGCAUUAUGUGCCGCAUUGUCGGCGAUGUUGUUAGCCUAACGCUGGUGCAGGAGCUUUUUGCGCUUAUUGACGGUCCGAUUUGCAGCACAGGUAAGAUAUCCCUGAGGGAAUUACUCAUAGCGCUAGCAGUUGUGUCACCACAUCUGCAACUGGAGUAUCUCCGAGCCAAAAUGCUAGCGCUGCACGGGAGUCUGGAAAAGGUAUUUCGAACUCGAUUGAAAGUACGCGAAGUUGGUGAUAAUCAGCGUCUCCAGUUGUUUCUGGAAUCAGUGUCAAACGCACAUUCAUUUUAAGGACGCUACCUGUUGCAGAAGCUGCUGUCUUUGAUCUAAUUGAUUCUUUUUCUACAUACCAUCUUCAGGGCUUGAUCGACCUGUUGGACCCGAAGGACACAAUAGGGCUGAUACGGAAGCGGUAUGCCGACGUCGUCACCAAUAAGCACGCGUCAAAGGGAUACGCGCGACGGCCAAAUAAAAGCGUGACAAAAAGAAGUAGUCUAGAAGGCAGAAUGGGCGCAUCUUCUGCUGCCAAAAGCAGCGUUGGUACCUUAUAUUUUCCUUUUGAUAUUAGUGAUUCUGGUUACUUAUCACCUUCACCAUGAGCCUCUCUCUCUUAGGCGGCCUGACUAAUUGCAAAGUUUGCAGUCGUUUCGAAUAACUAGUAUCUAUAGAUACCUUUGAUGAACAAAAGCUUAGUACAUGGUCACCAAUAACUGGUGUGGGCUUGUCGUUACGAAAGAAGCGACAGAUGCACACCUAGCUGGAGAGAACUAAUACAAUCAUGUAAUUUUCCUUAUGCUAUCUGUCGAUAAAGGUGGCGCUGCAGGCAGUUCUAUGGCGGUAGUUCAAGGCGUUUGUCCUCCGACGGGUGACGAGCCGGAGCCGGAGUACUACGACGAAAACACGACUAGCGGCGCUUUACAUUUUCGUAAGUUGGUGGACACGUAUGCGAACACGGACUUAUCAGGCGAUCCGGUUUUCUGCAAGUUUGCUAAUGAGAUGGUGUAUGCUCCUCUACACCGUGCUCCCAGCACGAUCCUAAACGAUAGUAUGUCGGAGACAGCCACAACGCUUGAUUUGCCUUCACUGUCGCCGGGAGUUGUACUCGAGAGUGGACGCCAGACGCCACAGCUUGGGUCAGCGCUGGGAGACAUAUCUUCACCCGUGUUUUUCGAUAGCAGCAUGAGGACGCCGGCGCAGCCACGAAGGUAACAAGAGAGUUAGAAAAUGAUACUAGACUUGAGCGCCCGGUAGCACUCCUCCCACUAGGAUCAUCCACCCCCGGCACGCACUUCCUCAAUCCCGGCACGAUUCCGCUUCCCCGGCCCCGGCCCCUCCCCCGCCCGCCAACCGUCUGGCGGCGUUGAUCGUUGGAACAAGAGCAGGGCGGGGGACGGCGUGCGGCUAUUCAUUAAAAAGGUACAGGCCGAAGCCGUUGGCUUGUCGGUGUGCUCUUCUUUUGCUAGGUUUGGCCUUCUUUGCGUGCAAGUUGCAGCGCUCGAGUUUGCAACUUGUCGAGGUUCUUCUUCUUGUGAUACAAUCAAAAACUUCGGAUGGGAAUUUUUCCAAUUUCGUUUUAUUAGGAAUCUGAACAAAAGAAGAAUCUAAAAAUGACCUCCCGGCAGCAGAACGAGCGGAGUACUCCUCUGCACAGAUGCAAUCAGUUUUUUUCUUUUAAGAAAAGUAGUUUCUUGAAUUCUAAGGCCAAUGAGAUUAUUGGAUAUAAUAGCCAAAAACCUUGGGCUUCCAGUCUCAAGCUUGAAACUUUGAGACAUUGACGCGCAGCCUUUAAUCUUAAGCGUUUAGCCUUGGACUUUUAGCCUGGGGCCUUCAGCUUCGCGCUUUCAGUUUUGAGCUUUCAGCCUUGAGCGCUCAGGCUUGGGUUGUCAAGUUUCAACUUUGAGCGCUCGGCGUUGAUGUUUGGCUUUCAACUUGGCGCUUUCGGUUUUGAGCUUUCACCUUCGGGCCUUCACCUUGGGGCUGUCGGCUUUGAGCUCUCAACUUUGAGCUUGCAGCCUUGGGCCUUCGACUUUGAGUCUUCAGAUUCGAGCCGUCUGGUGUGGGCUUUCAGCUUGACACCUUUAAGGCUCAGAGCUAAUAAAUUCCCAGCCUUUUUCUCAAUUUUUUGAGCCCAUUCAAACCGUAAAGGCUUUGGCUUUAUCGCGUAAGCUUUAAAGUUCGCGCCCAUCUGCGUGAAGUCAGGGCUAACCAAUUCUGAGGCCUUUUCUAUUUUCAAUUUUUUGGGUUCAAAUUCUAGAAGUUCUGGCGUUAUCGCGUAGGUUAAGGCUUUAACUUUCGCGCCCAUCUGCGCGAGGUCAGGUCUAACCAGUUCCCAAGCUACGCAGGCUCAUGGGAAAGCUCGUAAGUUCAUAAGUGAUGGUGGUGGCGAUGGUGCUGAUGAUGAUGAUGAUGAUGCAGGCGCACCGAUCGGGUGGGGCGGGAUGCGUAAGCUCUUGAGUGGGCUCCUAAGUUCAUAGGCGCAUGCCCAUAGGCUCAGAACUUCGGAGAGCUUUCUUCGAUCGAAAGCGCGGUCGGAAAUUUUGGAAAGUUUGGAAAAUUCGAAGCGUUUGGAAAGCUCGGAAAGGUUCGGAAAGUUGGGAGAGUUUGGGAAGGCUGGGAGAGUUGGGGAAGCUGGGAAAGCUGUGAAAACUUAAGAAAAGCCGAGAAAGCUGAGGAAGCGGGGAAGGCUGGAAAAGGUUGGAAAAUUUGGGACAAGUUUGGGAAGCUGGGAAAGUUGGGGAAGCUGGGAAAGCUGUGAAAGUUGCGAAAAGGUCAGUGGGAAAAGUUGGAAAAAGUUGAGAAAACCUAGGGAAACUUGGGAAAGCUCAGAAGUUUGGAAGCUAGGGAGGAAGCCGGGAAAGUUGCGAAAAGUUGGAAAAAGGUGGGAAAAGCUGCGAAACGUUGCGAAACAAAAGACGGGAAAAGUUGCGAAAAGCUCGCUGUGGAAAGUUGUGAAAAGCUGUGAAGAGCUGCGAAAAGUUGGAAAAACUUGGAAAAAGUUGGAAAAAAUUGGAAAAAAUUGGAAAAAGUUGGAAAAAGUUGGGAAAAGUUGGGAAAAGUUGGGAAGAGUUGGGAAAAGUUGGGAAAAGUUGGGAAAAGUUGGGGAGGUUGGGAAAGUUCGGAAAGUUCAGAAGUUUGAAGGUUCAGAAGUUUGAAGGUUCAGAAGUUUGAAGGUUCAGAAGUUUGGAAGUUUUGAAGUUCAUGAGUCAGAAGGGGAAGGUUGGGAUGUUGGAGGGGUCGUCGUUGUUUUUGAAUUUCGCUCUUUAAUUUUAGAAGAUAGAAGAGAUCACUUUAUUGGCUGUGCCACACGUACAUCCAGACGAAGGACAGCUUCGUGGACAAGAAUCCUGAUGGAUACACAUACAAUUGACUCGUGCGAAACAAAAUUCUUUCAUGAAGAAUGAUAAGUAAAUGAAAACUCGUACCUCUCGUGUCGGCACCUGCUUUCAUGAACGAAUUUUCAGGGAGUGGAUGGAUACGCCUGGCGGAAGCUUUAUUGGGCAUCCAGGGUUCCGCCAAGGCAAAAAGUGGAGUGACCUCUUCUUCAUGCCCGUGCAUACCAGCGACUGUACCAGAGCGCUGAAUUCGCGAUUGGACCGAGAGCAAGAGGAGGUCUGCUUGCGGGAAAACUUCCGGUACAUGCACGAAUCCUUUUCAGGGCCGAGAUCAACCGGGGCCGAUGAGGUAGAUGACGUCCUCGAGAAUUUCGUGCUAACUCUGGGCUUCUUCGUGGACCGACUUGCGCAGAUGUCGUUAGCGAACAGGUACGAAAGCUACAGGUGUUUUCACGCGUCCAACAUCAUCGGACGACCCUUUUUGCGGCUGGCGGAAUUGCAAACAGCACUGCAGGCCGCUUGUGGUAACCCAUUGUUCGAUACUUUUCGGGGCAAAGUGAGCAGCCACUUCCCACUCUUGUGCAAGGCGUUUUGUGCGUCCUCCGCAAAUCGCGACGGCCGCUGCUCCGGCGCCGAUUUCGAAUCGCUGAUGGAAAGUCUCUCCGCCUCCCAGCUGGACGCGACGAACAUCUUUCGCAGCUUUGUGCAGAGUGAGUUUGGCACACUUCACGUGUGGAGUUUUAUCAACAUUGCGGUGGGCGCAAUGUGUCCCAGCUUGGUUCUGGACGAGUUCAUGAGCAACGACAUGCUAGUCGCAGCUCUGAAAGUGUUCGCGUCCUACCACCACAAGCCGUUUACCUUUGAUGAGUGGUUGUGCCUGUGCCAGUCGUGCGGCAUCCGCGAUAAGCGUGCGGCGCAGCUCUGCUUCCUCUUCCUCGACGUGGACAACAGCGAGCUCGUGUUCGCGCGGGAGAUCCUCAUGGCUUUUCAGGUGAAGCGGCAAGUUGCGUCAGACGGCAGCAUAUCGGCAGCUGGAAAGCUGAUGGCAGCGGGCACGGCCACUGGUAGCAAGGGAAAGAAAGGGCAAGCAGCGGAAGCGCGACGACAGCGUGAGGCCGAGGCUCAGGCACGGAAGAGAGCGCGUGUAGUCGCGGUUGGCGACAAUUUUUCAAAUCAGUUUGCGGCGACAUUUGCGAGUUGUGAUCUUCUAAAACGAGUUAUUUCGCUGCCAUGGCAGUCGAACGAAAGCGAAGCAGUGGCGGGCGGCUUCAAAACCUUAAAAAAGUUGACGCACAAGACGUCAGCCGCGGCGGGCGGCGAAGGUUCCACAUCUGGUAGUGCGAGAGGAGGUGGGUCCUCUUCUAGCGGUGCCGCUCAGGCCGGCGCAGGCAAGUCUUCCAACGGCGCGAAGGGUGAAGCAGCGCAAGGCGACAGCGCAGGAACCGGGGACGAAGACUCAACCACCACCGGCGGGUCAACCACUAGCUCCGGCGAUGGAGCAACGCGUGUAAAGCUUGGAUUCCGCAAGCGAAGGAAGUUUUAUGGCAUACGCCGCAAAGCAUAAGAGAUUUGUACUAUAGCUUGAUACAACUUGUCGCAUGAUAUGAUCAGGGCACGAACACAAAACGGUAACUGCAAUUUAAUGUGGUACAGUAAAAUGCUGGCUAACAUUAAAGUACUAGAAGAGCAAUGAUCAUCGUAAUAUCAUCCAAGGGAGUAAGACGAGGGAAAAUUUGUGCCUUGUUUAGCAUCGUAAUUUAUUGUAGCCUUGUAGUACGGUUCUCGGAAUGCUCUAAGGACUGUUUCCAGAGUCACAGCCUGUGAUACAUCCAGAAUUGAAGGCGAAGGAGAGCUACCUGAGAAAAGUUGACUCCUGCCCUGCAGAACUCCUUCGGGCUGAUGUCAUUUUCAAUCUUGAAACCUACGCGCAAGCGAAAAACGCUCUACAAUCGCACCAUACGAAGCUGAUUACAGACUGCGGUCAGCGAGACAUGUUAGAGCUCUACUUCCUACGAAACAAGCUCUAAAAGGAUGAAAAUUUUUGUCGUUGGCACUCUUUUGCGUUUACAACAAACUGCUUGGUCGUUGAAAUGCAAUGAACCGGUGAUAUGUAUUCACAGCCUUAGCAGUUGCCUGGCUUUAGCACAGCAUGGGCGCCCGAAUGCGAGUAAUAGACAGAGUGAAUUUUCGCGCGUACGUAAAAACAAUAUUGAGUUCAAAUCCUUUUUGUGUUUUCUUUCAUAGUACAACUAGCAGACUGAGAUUCUUCUAUUUCUAGUCUGAUUAAUCUAUGGCCGUGUCCUAAAGGACCCUGGUUUGCAGAGCAGAGCCGAUCGUUCCGUUAGUGCAUGUACAACACUGACUAACCAAGCGAUGAAAAAAUGCGAAACGCGAACUUUUUUUUUUGUGCAAUCUUCGGAUCGAAUCUCAGAUGAAGCUGAUCAGG